AUGGAAACCAUGAACCAAACCAUGGUCACCGAAUUCCUUCUCCAAGGAUUUCCUAAACUCAGAAUAUUAAGAACUUUCUUCUUCUUCAUUCUCUUCAUUUUUUACAUAAUUACAGUAAGUGGGAAUCUUUUUUUUAUUUGGCUGGUGGCAUUCGACAGGAUUUUUCACUCCCCCAUGUACUUUUUCCUUACACAGCUGGCCCUGGCUGAUACAAUUCUGAUAACAGAUAUCGUCCCCAACAUGUUGUCGGUCAUGUGGGAUGAAGAAAGGACUAUUCCUUUUUCCUUGUGCAUUACCCAGUUUUAUUUUUUUGCUGACUCUGAAACAUCAGAGUGUUUCCUUUUGGCCGUAAUGGCCUACGACCGAUACGUGGCUAUCUGUAACCCUCUAAGGUAUACAUUUCUAAUGAACCCCGUGUUCUGCGUUAAAUUGGUGUCCAUAUCUUGGCUCUUCAGUUUAUGCGUUGCAUCGGUUGACGCAUCAUCAUUAGUUGAACUUCACUUUUGUAGAUCAAAUGUCAUUAAUCAUUUCUUUUGUGAUCUUAUUCCUCUACUAGAGCUUUCUUGUUCAGACACAUCUUUUAUUAAAUUAGAAAUUCUAAUCAUGUGUAUUCCCGUGGCUUUCAUCCCAAUCAUCAUAAUCACAGUUUCUUACGCAUUUAUCGUUGUUGCCGUCUUUAAGAUCUCCAACGCAAGUGGAAGAUGGAAAGCCUUUAACACCUGCAGCUCCCACCUUAUCGUGGUCUCCAUAUAUUAUGGAUCACUGAUUGGUAUUUAUUUGCUUCCGGGAAAAGGAAAAUCACUAAAUGCCAAGAAAUUCCUAUCUUUGUUUUAUACGGUGCUGACUCCGAUGAUUAACCCCAUCAUCUACAGCCUAAGGAAUCGUGACAUUAAGGAGGCCUUUAAAAAAAUGUCUAUUAAGUGGAUCAAGGUCCUUUAA